GCCGCCAGGGCGCGGGCGGCUGCUGACCCGCUCGCUCCGCGCUCAGAUAACGGGACGAGCUGCGUCCCCUCCUCGUCCUCGGAGUUUCCCGAAGGCUUCUUCACGCCGCAGGAGAGGAAGGACGGCGGGAUCGUGAUCUACUUCCUCAUUAUCCUCUACAUGUUUCUGGCGGUGUCCAUCGUGUGCGACGACUAUUUCCUGCCGUCGCUGGAGAUCAUCAGCGAGUGCCUUGGCCUCUCUCAAGAUGUCGCUGGAGCAACUUUUAUGGCUGCUGGAAGCUCUGCUCCAGAGCUUGUCACUGCUUUUCUGGGAGUCUUUGUGACAAAGGGAGAUAUUGGUGUUAGCACCAUCCUUGGAUCAGCAGUCUAUAAUCUCCUGGGUAUUUGUGCAGCUUGUGGGCUAUUUUCUAGUGUGGUUUCGAGGCUAUCCUGUUGGCCACUGUUUAGAGACUGCCUGGCGUAUACAGUGAGUGUAGUGGCGGUCCUCGCGAUGAUAUCGGACAACAGAAUUUACUGGUAUGAAAGUGCUUCCUUACUAUUUAUAUAUGGAUGUUAUAUUCUGGUACUGUGUUUUGAUAUUAAAGUCAAUCAGUAUAUCAUGAAGAAGUUUAGUCCCUGCUGUACAUGUUUUGCCAAAGCCAUGGAAGAGAGUAGUGAGCAGCAGCCACUAGUCGGAUGGAGGGAAGAGAGCGGACCUCUAAUUCGUCCACAAUCAAGAAAAGAUAGUGGAAUUUUUCAAGAUGAGCUGGACUACUCACAACUCUCCACAAGCUUGCAUGGGCUUGAUGAAAUCUCUAAAGAUCAUCCAAGCGUCUUUGCCAUGCCUGAAGCAGACAUGAAGAGAAUUUUGUGGGUGUUAUCACUUCCUAUUAUUACACUACUCUAUUUGACUAUACCAGAUUGCAGAAGACAGUUUUGGAGGAACUGGUUCAUAGUGACAUUUUUAUUUUCAGCAGCAUGGAUUUCUGCAAUGACUUACGUUCUCGUAUGGAUGAUAACAAUAGCAGGUGAAACCCUGGGAGUUCCAGAGUCGAUAAUGGGCCUCACACUACUAGCUGCAGGAACAAGUGUACCAGAUACAGUUGCAAGCGUGCUGGUGGCUCAGAAAGGAAAUGGAGAUAUGGCUAUGUCUAACAUUGUAGGAUCCAAUGUAUUUGACAUGCUGUGCUUGGGAAUACCCUGGUUUAUAAAAACUGCAUUCAUAAAUACAUCAGGACCCAUAGAAGUGAACAGCAGUGGUUUGACAUACACAGCCAUUUCUCUCAUCUGUUCUGUUGUUUUUAUUUUUCUGGCAGUUCACCUGAAUGGCUGGAAAAUAGAUAAAAAAUUGGGAGCAAUCUGUCUUGUACUGUAUUUAGUAUUUACCGUAGUAUCAAUUUUGUAUGAACUUGGCAUCAUAGGGAACAAUCCUACAAGGGUCUGUGGUAACUAGUUUUAAUAAACGAUUAUACUGAACAAAAAAUAAAAGCAAUAGAGAAAGAUCAGUUUCUUCAUUUAGUCAAAAAAAAAAUCCACUCUCCCACUGGGCUCUAAAUCUUAUUUACAGAACUGACUGAUGGCAUUAAAGUAAUAUUAAGUAGAAC